CCGCAGGCUUUAAGUGUACCGAAUUCGUCAUUACAUCUAGGAUAUUUCAAUUGUUGUUUAAUUUAUAUGCAGCUAUUUUAUAAUUAAUACGAUAUAUUUCGUUUUGAGACAUGGGUAAGAAUCAUAAACGUUUAAAACGCCUAAAAUCGGAAAAGGCGAAAGUGAAAUUAAAAUCGAAGACCGUCCAUCAAUUGACAAAAAGUUCGAACACCACAGAUACGUCGUUUAAAGUGAAAAAGAUACUAAUUCGUGAACAACUGAAGCAACGAGAUGAAACAGAAGUUCUUAGCACUCGUAAAUUGAAUAUCGACGAUUUAUUAACACGUUUUCGGCAUCACAAUUCAACUGUGAGACAAGAUGCUUUGAAACAAUUAAAAGACAUCUUGUUACAAAAUCCUCCAAAAUCUUUACAUUCACGAUUGAAUUCUCUGUUACAUGGUAUCGCAGCUUUAUCUCUUGAUAAAGAGAAAGAAAUACGCACAAUUUCAUUUCAUGCACUUAAUUUUAUUCUUGGCCUUAUCUCAAAUGAACAGUUGACACCCUUGCGUGAAAUUAUAAUAUCGUAUCUGAGCUGUGCAAUGACACAUAUUGAUCCACGUGUGAAAGAAGAUUCUUUACUUUUCUUAGAUGUGCUUGUACAAAAUUGUAAUAGUGCAUUGGCAAAAGAUAGUCAUAAAAUAUUACCUAAUUUUUUAGGUAUGAUAUGCAGAUUACAUAAUGAAGGUAGCCCUGCGGCACAAUUAAUGACAACGUUACAUUCCAAAAGUACUAAUGUAAAAUGGAGAAUUAAAGUUCUGGAACGUUUAGCUAAUUUAUUUACUUCUAUUGUUAGCUACAGGAAACUUUGUAUAUGUACAAGAUCAAUUAUGCCUCUGUUUGUGAAAACAAAAAAAUAUACCAGAUUUAUUCCAAUUUACAGUGAUAGUGCGACUCAAUUAUGUGAAAUUAAUCUUGACGAAGAUAUCUCGAUAGAUAAUUGUGAGAAAAAAACCUUAUCUAUUGAAGAAUUUGCAAAAUAUGUAAAUUUAUUGAUGCCAUUAAUGUCUGAUAUUUGGCUUGAAGUAUGUCCGGAUGAGAAAAUUGAGAGUUACAUAGAGAUUACAAUUUCGAGUGAAACAGCUGCAUUAUUGAAAAAUGUCAUUGUAAUUAUGCAAUCGAUUGUGGAAUACAUUGAUACAUUGGAUCAGGAUAAUUAUAGUGUCAAACAUAUGAAGCGUUGGUUUAAAAAUACAUUUCAUGAUGCAUAUAUGAAAAAUUUCCUAUCGAGAUUUCCUUAUGGUAAAGUAAAGCCUCUUAAUGAAUCCAGAAAACAUCAAAAAGAUUUUUCUCAAAUGGAAUUUACGGAAGGAUGUUUGGAAAAUUUGAGACUUUGUCAAAUUCACGUAUGGUUUACAUCUCUGUUUAGCUGCAACGAACAAUUUCCCAAGUCUGUCAGGAGCUAUUGCAUAUCCAUUCUGAAGUAUUUAAAUGAUAUUAUUAAAAAUUGGUGCGACUCGUCAACUUUACCUCAACUUACUAAACUACUAAAAACUUUAUUUUUGAAAGCUGGAGCAGUUUGGUAUAGCAACUGUAUUAAUUUGAAUCAUACUUUAAGACUGAUUAUUGAAGCAUCUUCUCAUUUGCCUAAGAAAGAAUUGCUAUCGCAUUUGUAUUUAAUUAUUGGUGACAUUAUGUUGAACAACAAUUUAAAUGAGUUGCACAGAGAAAAAAUAUUUGAAAGCUUUGUUACGAUCUUACCAAGUUUACUCCUGAAACCGAGCAUAGAUGACGUUGUAAUUCGUAUGAUCAGUCAAAUAGUUUUACGUUUUAAAGAAUAUAUCCGGGAAGAAUUGAUAGCUAAACACGAGUCUAUUAUCGAAAAUGCUAAGAAGAUCAACAUUGUGGGUACACACGACGACAAACAGUCGAGACUUAUGAUAUAUAAUCUAUUUUAUUUCGUAGAUUCACAGAUUUACUAUGAAAUUAAAUCAAUCGCAGUUAUAUAUACACAGAUACAGAGCUUAAAAAUACGAUUGAUUUUUCUAUGUCAAGUACAAGCUUUGAUCAAUUUUUAUUUAAUAUUUAACAUAUCUUACGGAACAAUGGAUGGUACGCGCGUAUACAUGCGUCAGCGUAUAUGCAUAUGACUUGUUAUGACUUGAAUGAAUUAUUCCAUGAGAAUGAGACAAUCGCGGAACUAGGACAGAACUUUCCGUCUUAGUUUAGUCCGUUCUACAUGUCCACGAACUCUGUUCAGAACAAUUAUCAGACGCUCUGUAUAAAGGAUGAGUCAUUUUAAUAUUCCGUUCCAAAUAUUUUUUCCACGCUUUUUAUAAAAAAAUGUUUAUUUUGGAUGAAAAAGGGACGAUUUCGAAGAGAACUUAUUUUAGUGUUAUUUUUUCUUUUUUUUUAUGGUGAAGCCAAAAAAGAGAUUACCUUCAUUUUUUUUAAUAGAAUUGUAUGAUUUUUCUCACUUAAUACGAUUCCUCGUAAUUAUUUUGUAGAUAAAAGUAUUAAGAUAGAAAUACCCCCCAGGCACGAGCCCUCCAGAUGUGUCGUUAUAUGCGACGUCACGGUGCCAUUUGAGAACCGCUGGGUAGCUUUCGAGGGCGAGGAAAAUAGCCAAAUACUCGCCACUGGCAGAGGAGCUCCAGCGACAAGGGUACCGUGUCGUCGUGACGGCCUUCGUCGGCGCCCUUGGCUCGUGGGAUCCGAGGCGGUGUUGAGACUGCUGCGGAUUGGCUCCCAAUAUGCAGCGAUGAUGCGGCGCCUCGUUGUCUCGGAUACCAUUCGCUGGUCACGGGACAUUUACGUCAAGCAUGUGUCCGGCAUUCGCCAGUACCUGGCUCCUCCCCGUCCCUCUGGCGAUAGUCUCACGACACCGCCACGUGCGGUUCGUCGACGCUGGGACGCCGAGGAAAUAUGUAUGCAGAAUGCGACGCGUCGCAAUUCGUUGAGUAUGAAUGUCGUGUAAUUUAUUCUGUGAUUGUCUUGGCCCCCCCUUUUUUAAACGUAGACUGA